CUCUUGUAAAACAAUUCAUUAUAACAAUUUGAGAAAAUAACAUCAUUUCCUAGCAAUUGUCAUCAAUUCAAUUGGAAAAGUGUCAUACAUCAUAUCUUCUUUUCACACUUUCAGAUUCCCGGACAAAGAACCCAAAUAGGAAGCUUACUCGCGAAUACCUUAUCCGAAAUGCCGCCCCUACGCCAUUCCAUUUCUCAGCUAUUCGCGCCGCAUCCAGCGUUUGCUCUUCGAAGUUCCCAAUCGCACGAACAAUCGCUUCAUACAGCUCCUUUAGCACCUCCAAAUAACGACGAGAUGAUUCCUUCAUUACAACCAAAAAGACCAACCGUCCCAAUUCCCACUACACCCUCAACUGCACCUCCCAAUCCACCUACAACUUCAAUGUCUCCGCCUACCUACCAAUCAGAAUCUCCCUUCCCUACCGCAUCUCCAUCCUUUCACGCUCCUGCAUUCCCCACCACAGCUCCAAUUCCUCCCCGCACCCAAAUUGAAGCUCUGCCACCCCACGCAACACCCUUACAAAUAGCAGAUUCAACCUCACCCUUCCUACACUUAACUCACAGAAAUGGCAAAUUCAUUCUUGAUUCCGCAAAACGACAUCCAGUAUUCUUCACAGAUAGAUUGAGGAAAGCACCUACCGGUGUGGAAGCAAAUGAAUAUGCAUUUGAGGAUUGGAAGGCGGGGAGUCCUGUUGCGAGUGGGUAUGUGUACGAAAGUGGUGAAGUUCAAGAAAGAGAAGCAAAGUUGUGAGGGCCUUGUUGAUCGUGGUCAGGCCAUUUAAUACAAUCAAGAAUUAUUACAACAGGUUUAUAUAUUGGAGUUCGGAUUGGAAAAGGGAUUCGGAUUCUUGGAUUGUAUAUAUGGGACCUCUCGUUUUCCACAUUGUUAAGGAUGCUUAUCAUUGUGCUUUAAGGGAUUUUUUUU